GUUUAAAGCACAAUUAAUCCACAGUGAGCUGGAUGAAUGUCCCUUUAAGAGGAAGGAAAUGAAACGAGAAGCCAGCCGGAACUGCUUCCUUGUUACCCCCGACUAUCAAAACAUUCGUGCGCUAUGGGAGAGUCCGCGUCCUCGGAAAUCCAUUUUCUAAUGUGAAAUUCGGCGUUAGUCGUCAGGAAAACUUCGCGAACAUCGUCUCCUCCGCCAUGCUCCAGCUGAACGACACGGUGGACCCGGAGAGCCCGGGUGCUGCGGUUCUCCUCCACGCAGAGACCGAGGAGGGGGUCGAGGUCGCCUUCACGCCUCCGGAGGCCGCCGGACGGGGCUUCGGACACGCAGCUUCCGUGGCCUGCUGCCCCCCGUUACAAACGCUCACGCCUUUUCAUGUGCACAACCCCACGAUGCAAGCGAAAGUCAAGGACUACUUCGUGUUCAGGCCAGGUACCAUCGAGCAGGCUGUGAACGACAUCCGGACCGUGGCGCUCCCAUCCGAGGACGGGGAGGUGCUCAGCGUCUGGCUGCUGGCAGAAGUAGACCAUUGGAACAACGAGAAGGAGAGACUUGUUCUAAUAACCGAUAAGUCUCUGCUAGUGUGCAAGUACGACUUCAUUAAUCUGCUGUGCCAGCAAGUUGUCAGGAUAUCCCUCAACGCCGUAGACACCAUCUCCGUGGGGGAAUUUGAAUUCCCACCGAAAUCUCUCAACAAAAGAGAGGGCUACGGGAUUCGCGUUCAGUGGGACAAACGUCCCCGAGCCUCUUUUCUCAACCGCUGGAACCCUUGGUCCACAGACAUGCCGUACUCCACCUUCACAGAGCACCCCAUGGCCCGCGCCGAUGAGAAGGUGGCCUCCCUCUGCCAGCUGGACAGCUUCAAAACCCAGCUGAUACAGGCGGUGAAGAAAGCCCACAAGGAGCACCCCAUCCCCGGCCGGGCUAACGGCGUCCUGAUCUUGGAAAGACCCCUGCUGAUCGAGACCUAUCUGGGCAUCAUGUCUUUCAUCAACAACGAAGCGAAGCUGGGCUACUCCAUGACGCGUGGCAAAAUCGGCUUCUGAGUUUCUCAUGGGAUUGUCCCCGUCUGUCUUUGUUAAACUGCACUGUCUGACAGAAGCUGCGGUUCAGUACAGCUUGCCUGUGUGUGUGUGUGUGUGUGUGUGUCUCAGUCGAGCCCGUGACAUGUCCACACUUCCUUAAUUUGGUGUUGGAGACGUGUGGUCUGGCUGCAGCAGGUAAAAGACAGUUGGAGCUGUAAUGACUGCCAUUUUAUUUUAUUCACUGCUUUCCAUUAAAAAUCUGCAGAUCAACCUCACACUCCCCUCUCUGCAGCAGAUGCUGUAUGCAAGAUAACUUGCAAAACUCCUAAACUCCUUGUAGAUUUAGUAAGUUCCUGAAACUUAGGGGUCAUUUCAGAUCUUAAAUGGGUUUAAUUAGGAAUUGGCUUUGUUUGAGUUUUUAUCUGCAGCAACAAACCAUGAAACAAUGUUAGUUAAAACAAUUGUGUUAGACUUGGUGCAUUACAUGGUACUGAACUCCAUGGCUGCAUUAUUUCAAAAGGGAAUUUGCCAAUUAUGUCAUAUGAUAAACACAAUAAGGAGACUAACAAACAAAUUGCUUUUCUACAUCAACAACAUGCGCACAGUGAAAGUUACAUGUUGUUUUAUUUCAUUAUGUUUAAUUUUCUUGAGUAAGGAGAAAGGAUUUGUUACUGGUGUUCUAUGCAGGAGUUUGGAUCUUGUUCCUUUUUGUUUUGCUUCCAGUAAACCAUGUUUCCUCCUAAAGAACAUUGAGCUACAGAUUAUUAAAACUUGGCCAUUUUUGAUGAAGGCAAGUUGAAAAAUGCCUUGAAGUAGUGCAAUGAAAAAACCUGGGUUCUAUUUUAACAUAAUUUGCCAAAGAUGACCAUGUUUGGUCCUUUUUCACUUCAUUGUAAUUUGACAAACUUCUAUGCUCAACAUCUUUAGGAACUCUAAAGUGUUGCACACCAUUAUCACCUGAGGCAAAGCUACAAAUUUCAGCUCACAACGCCAAAAACCAAGAUCAGCAUUAAGUGUAAACUAAAGGCUAUAUGGUAAUAAACCAAACUGUUUUAAUGUUUUUACAUUUUCAAAAGCUGAAGACCCAUACCCUUUCUUAUUUUAUUUCUAAAGCUACCCAGACCUGUAAAUUACCGAAAGGAAAUUCUAAACUUUUUUAAGCCUGCAUAGGAACCAUGGAGAAAAUUGAGAGAUUUAGCAAAGUAAAUAAAUAAUGUCAACCCAUGGCAAAGUGAGAGUAGCAGCAUUUCUUCAGACAUGAUGCAAAGAGUACUUCAGGUAUUGGAACAAAAUGUAUUCUUAAGAAAACCAGGUAUCAGUGAAGCAAACUCAAUUACAUUUGUUGUGGAGCAAUAGAAAAAAUGUCACCAAAGAUAAAAAUGCUCAGUAAAAGACACAUCAUGUCUGGUGCCUAGUGUAGGAUAGAUUUAAAAUUGGUUCAGUUCGUCAGGUCCAGAUUUAACAAUGAUUUGUGCCAAAAACAUCAGUUGCCUACCGAGACGUCCUGAAUGGCUCGGCUUUCACCUUAACCGAUUCACCAAGCCUUAAAUGGUGAAAAUAUGGUUCAACCAGAAUGAGCCAACAUUUCCAUACCAACAUUGACGAAUCCACAGAAUCCAAACUUUAUCCGCAAUGAGAAUUUUUGAGAUGUGCCUGAGAAGAGUGAGUAGCCAGUUCCUCCUUUAUCCAAAUAACUUCGUUUUUUAAAAAUCUAGGUCAAUGCCUGUCCAACCAAAAAAUUCAAAACAAGCAAACCUAACCAGAUGUCUCGCAGCACAUUUUUCUGUCCUUGCGCAUGGUCCUUGCACGCCAAGUUUGCAUGACAGAUUUUUUUGUUGUUGUUGCACAAUAUAACUUAUGUUUAGUUGUAAAUAAGUGUUCAUCUGUAUUUUUAAAAUUAACGUAUGAAUGCUAAUACAAAAUGUCUUAUGUAUGCCAGUUGAAAAGUAUUUUAUUUAAAAAAAGAAAUGUCUUGUUAAAAUGUUUUGAGGCUUCGAUUUGAUCUCUGUUUGCAGCUCAGCAGCCAAGACUGAAAAGAAGUAAUAAAGACGUUCCUGUUUUUCUAAUG